CUCCGAGUCCCACAUGGAUAACUCCAACAGUGAUGAGGACACAGAUGCUGACUUCGACACCCAGCUCAUCAUUCAGCAGAGUUUGCUGGAUAUUUACAAGCCAGGAGUAACUCAGCACACAUCAGAAGACAAGAGGUCCCAUUCCAUUUCGAGUGCUGGUCAUAAGAAGAUAGUUGAAGCAAUAGAGACAGGUAAGGAAGAUGCACUGGCACACCUAACCAAGUACCAUUCUGCAUUUGAUGAAGCCAAUGGUGAUGGUUGGCUUCCUCUGCAUACGGCGGCAGUGCAGUUAAAUAGGAACAUCUUAGAAAUAACCCUGAAUGCUACCAAACCCAGUAUGUGGGAACAAACUACCCACAAUGGAGAAACACCACUUUUUUUGGCUGUCAGCAGUAGCCUCCUAGAAAAUGCCCAUUUUCUACUUCUCAAUGGCUGCAAUCCAAAUGCUAAGAAUCUUGAAGGCAAUUCUCCUCUUUUUACAGCUGUUCUGAAAGACUCCUAUGACAUGGCUACCUUGCUGAUCAGUCAUGGCGCAGAUGUCAAUCUGCAAUGUGCCAACAAGAGGACAGCUCUCCAUGAAGCUGCCAAGCUCGGCAACUGGGACAUGGUAAAGCUGAUGCUGACUUCGGGGGCACACCCAGAUGCACGGAGCUCCUAUGGGUUUACUCCUCUUGCCCUUGCUGCUCAAGGUGGACACACUGAAAUCAUGGAACUAUUACUGCAGAAAGGAGCUGAUGUUCACAGUCAGGCCUCUGAUUCUUCCUCCAUUUUACUUGAAGCCGUUAGAGGAGGAAAUCCAGACUCUGUGACCCUCUUGCUAGAGUAUGGAGCUGACGCCAACAUUCCUAAAAGCUCAGGCCACCUGCCCAUACAUGUGGCAGCUGACAAAGGCCACUUAUUAGCUCUAAAGAUGUUGGUUCCAGUUACGGAUAUUGCUGCCAUCAAGAGGAGUGGGAUCAGUCCAGUUCACUGUGCAGCGGCUGGGGCGCACCCCCAAUGCCUGGAAAUUCUCAUUCAGGCUGGAUUUGAUGUGAAUUUCAUGCUAGAUCAGAGAGUCCGUAAACAUUAUGAUGAUCAAAGGAAGUCAGCCUUGUAUUUCGCUGUUUCAAAUGGUGACCUCUCUUCAGUUAAACUGCUUCUGAAUGCUGGCGCUCUGCCCAAUCAAGACCCAGUCAACUGCCUACAGAUAGCUCUCAGGAUGGGCAACCAUGAGCUCAUAAAUCUACUACUGAGGCACGGGGCCAACGUCAACUACUUCUGCAGAGUUAACCCUUUGCAUUUCCCAUCGGCACUGCAAUACUCACUGAAAGACGAAGUCAUGCUCAGGAUGCUACUGAAUUAUGGGUAUGACACAGAGCGAUGUUUUGAUUGUCCUCACGGGGACAGAGUUCAUCGUUUUUGUACUUUUGAAGGCUGGACACCUACAGUUAUUAAAGAUACUAUGUUCUGCGAAGUCAUAACUUUGUCAUGGCUACAGCAUCUCUCUGGAAAAGUUGUCCGUGUGUUGCUUGAUUAUGUUGAUCAAGUGCAAAUCUGCUCAAAAUUGAAAGCUGUGCUUGAAAAACAGAAGCUCUGGCCAGAAAUACAUUUGAUCUUGACAAACCCUCGUUCUCUAAAGCACUUGUGCCGCCUCAAGAUCCGGAAGUGUAUGGGACGGUUACGUCUGCGUUGCCCUGUCUUCAUGUCAUUUCUUCCAUUGCCCAACCGUCUAAAAGCUUACGUCCUUUACAAAGAAUAUGAUCUUUACGGACAAGAGAGUUUUUCAGGAACCUGGUAACAGACCUAUUCUGGAGGAAAAAGGACAACAACCUGGCCCUCACUACCAGUCUGGUUUGGUCUACUGGAAGCCGCUAUCAACCGACUCUGCUCCUCCAAGUCCUGGUGGAAAGAUAAAAAAGAAACUAAGU